UACACCCAGAAAGCUCGGGGGCACCUUGUCCGUCCGCCUUGUGCCGCGAGCUCCGCCGGGCGCUGGCGCUCUCGGAGCCGAGAUCCUGUGUGUGUGUGCGCGAGAGAGUGUGCGCGUGUGUCUGCUCCGCUGCCGCUGCCCUUUGAUCCCUGCAUUAGUGUUAGUUAGGGGCUCGGAGACACACAUACACAGAGAGCAGCCAUAGUCAAGACACGGCAACAACACCACCACUACCUCGUCCUCCUGUGUUCAUACCCCCAACAACACACUCUUAAAACCGGGGACAGCCAGGUGCUCGACAAGUCCCUGCCGCCAGACACUCGCAUACAAUUUCAAUGGGAAAAAUCCUUUUUUCUUCUUAUCCCUAAACAAGGAGGAGAAUGUGAGAAAAAGGGGAGAAAAUGCCCCGGAGGAAGCAGGACCAACCCAAACGCCUGCCUGCACAUCUGGGCCGAGUGGAGGAGGCGGCGGGCGGGGAGCUCGCGGAGGACGACGGCUGGUUCGGGAACGCCUCGGACACGCCCUCGGAGGCGUCCUACGCGGACGUGCAGGAUGAGGACCCCCGGCCGGACCGGGCCAGCUCGGCCGAGAGCUCGCUGGGCUGCCCCACGCCCGUCCCGCGCGGCUCGCUGGAGCUGCUGGGCCUGGACAGCGAGGCCUUCGCCGCAGCCGGCUUCUCCGCGCAGGACACCCUGUCCUCCGUGGUGUCCUCGCUGUACGGCGACGCCCCCCACGCGCUCGCCAAGCCGCUCAGCAGCAACCUGCGGCGCCUCCUAGAGGCCGGCGGCCGCAGGCUGGAGGGGGCGGAGCUAGCGGAGCGGGGGCGGGACUCGCCGUCCGUCAGUCUGGGCUCCAGCGUCUCCCCGUCCUCCCAUCAUGCUCAGCAGCUGAGCGCUCUGGCCCGUAAGCUGGCCAAAAACUCCUCCUCCUCCGCCUCUGCCUCGCCCGCCUCCAUGGCGACUGCCAAUGCCGUGAAGCAGGAGUCGUGCGACCCCUUCCCCAGCAACGGCGCCGGCUUCCUGUGGGUGGGCGGGGCCGACGGGUGGCCGCCCGCCUCUUGCUCCGCCCCCAGCAGCGGGAGCAGCCUAUCCCCGGACUCCGCAAUCCAGAAGCUGAAGGCCGCGGCCAAUGCCGUGCUGCAGGACAAGAGCGCGGUGGCGUCCUCGGCCUCCUCCUCUUCCUCCUCCUCCUCCUCUUCCUCCUCCUCCUGCUCCUCCUCCUCGGUGGUGGCGGUGGGGGUGCGGGCGGAGGAGGCGGUGCGGUUCGACGCCUUCGCCUCCCCCUUCAGCCCGCAGUCGGCCAGCUCCACGCUGGCGGCGCUCUCUAAGAAGGUGAGCGAGCGGGGCCUGGGGGGGGGCCAGGCCGACCCCCCCUCCCCCGCCGGCUCCUUCCUCUCGCUUGUCUCCAUGACGUCCUCCGCCGCGCUGCUCAAGGAGGUGGCGGCCCGCGCCGCGGGGAACCUGCUGGCCGAAAAGGAGACCGCCCUGCCGGCGGGACCCCCGGAGGACGCCAAGGCCCCAACGCCCAACCCGCCGCUGGACCUCCUGCUGCCCCCCACCCCGAAAGGAAAGGUCAAGCCCAGCAGUCAAGGGUCUCCAGAGGAAGGUGGGAAGCCGUUCCAGUGCCCCGUGUGCGGCCUGGUCAUUAAGCGCAAGAGCUACUGGAAGAGGCACAUGGUGAUCCACACCGGCCUGAAGAGCCACCAGUGCCCCAUGUGCCCCUUCCGCUGCGCCCGCAAGGACAAUCUCAAAUCCCACAUGAAGGUGCACCAGCACCAGGACCGCGGCGAGACCUUCCAGUGUGACCUUUGCCCUUUCACCUCGUCCCGCCACUUCAGCCUGAAGCUGCACAUGCGCUGCCACCAGCACUUCCCCCGCAGCGAGCUCCGCGUGAAGGAGGAGGUCAGCAGCGAGGGCGAGGGGGCGGGGCCAGGAGCCGGCUCGCCCCUCCCCCCCGACGCCCUGCUCCAGGCCUCGCCUGCCGGGACCCCCGACCACGUCCAGGUCAAGGAGGAGCCGCAGGAGCGGGACGUUUCGGGCAUGUCCCCCUUCGCCCUCUGCGCCUCCAGCCCCCUGGAGCCCCCAGGGCCCAAGUCCAGCCCCCCCACCCCCAUCCCCGCCUCACUCUUCAGCCCAGACAUCUCCACCAAGACCGCCUCCGACCUCCUCAUCAAGCUCUCGGCGGCCAAUCAGAAGGAGUCGCUGAAGCCGCAGACGUUCUGUGUGAAGGAGGAGCCGCCGUCAGACAGAGCUCUGAGCCCGCGCCCGCCACAGGCUCCGCCCACCUACGUCUUCUGCCCCGACAGGGCGGCACACACGCCUGACUGCGCCCCCAAACCGCGGGACAGCACCCCGCCCGCCAAGAGCGCCAUCCUCAGCCAGGACAUCAGCGUCAAAGUGGCGUCCGAACUGCUGAUGAAACUCUCAGAGAACAGCAAGGAUACGCUGGCCCCGGUGGUGGCGGUGAAGGCCGAGCCCAUGGAGGUGGACCCCCCCGAGUGCAGCCCCCAGCCCCCCCCACGGCUCCUAGGCUUCAGCCCUCUGCCCGGGGGCGAGAAGACCGAGCCCCCGUCCGGCCUGCCCGAGGGCCUGGCCCACCCCCAGAAGGCCCUCUUCUCCCAGGACAUCUCCGUCAAAAUGGCGUCUGAGCUCCUGUACCAGCUCUCAGAAAAAGUGAGCAAAGCUAACAACCACAAAGACAGCAACAUGUUGGGUAUGAACAGCCCUUUCCUGGAGGACCGUUUCGGACAAUCGCCCUUCUCCUCCAGCUCGAGCCUGAAGGACCCUCCCCCCGGUGAGGCCAGCUCCUCAGUCAGGCCUGUGGGACACGAUUCGGAGAAGGCGGGGCUGGACGGGGUGUGGAGGCUGAAGGAGCAGCUGUACCCGUGUCCCGUGUGCGGGAAGGUGUUCGGGCGACAGCAGACCCUCUCACGCCACCUGUCCCUGCACACAGAGGAGAGGAAGUACAGGUGCCACCUGUGCCCUUACGCGGCCAAAUGCCGGGCCAACCUCAAUCAGCACCUCACCAUUCACUCCGUGAAGCUGGUGAGCACCGAUGCAGAACAGAUCGUCACUGCCGUCACUGCAGAGAGCAGCCAGCGCAACAACUGCCCCUACUACUACAGCUGCCAUGUGUGCGGGUUCGAGACGGAGCUCAAUGCGCAGUUCGUCAGCCACAUGUCCCUGCACGUGGACAAGGAGCAGUGGAUGUUCUCCCUGUGCUGCAGCUCCUGUGAGUUUGUGUGCAGUGAGGAGAGCGAUAUGAAGCUGCACAUCAGCGCCGACCACGCAGGCCUCAGCUCCAGGAGCCCCCUGAGUGAGACGAAGAGCACCUCCUCCUCGCUCUCCGCACUCAGCGAAUCGCUCAGCGGCUCCGAAACCAGCGACGUCGCCCACGGCAACGAGGAGCUCAAGAGCCUGUUGGCCCCGCCUUUGUCCGGGGGCAGCCAAUCCACAGCGGGGACAGAAGAUAAAUCAGAGAAAGGCCUGGAAUGCGUGUUCUGCAACUUCGUGUGCAAGACGCGGCCCAUGUACGAGCGGCACCUGCAGAUCCACCUGAUCACGCGCAUGUUCGAGUGCGACGUCUGCCACAAGUUCCUCAAGACGCCCGAGCAGCUGCUGGAGCACAAGAAGUGCCACACGGUCCCCAGCGGAGGACUGAAGUGUCCAUUCUGCAUGUACUCGACCAAUCGGCCGGCUGCGAUGGAGGCUCACCUGAAGACGCACUACAAGCCCGAGUACCGCUGCCGGAUCUGCCAGGCCGUGAAGCGGGACCAGCCGGAGCUGGAGACGCACGUGCGCGGGCAUCGCCUCGGCAACCACUACCGCUGCCAGCAGUGCGGCUACCUGUCCAAGACCGCCAACAAGCUGAUCGAGCACGUGCGCGUGCACACGGGCGAGCGGCCGUACCACUGCGACCAGUGCAGCUACAGCUGCAAGCGCAAGGACAACCUCAACCUGCACAGGAAGCUGAAGCACGCGCCCCGCCCGUCCUACCGCUGCCCCGCCUGCGCCUUCGCCACCACCCACCCCUUCGUCUUCAGCCGCCACGUCAAGAAGCACCAGGGAGGAGCCUGCGGCGAGGCGGGGGCGGGGCCUGGGGCAGGGGCGGGGCCUGGCAGCCCCUCCCUGGGCAUGUCCGCCUCCCACGCGCUGCAGUCCGUGGCCCUGUCGGUGUCCGGGGGGCAGGAGGCCCCGCUCGCCCCGCUCCCCCCCCGCGCCCCGCUCUACCUCUCGGCCCGGAGCUCCUCCCUCUCCUGCCGCUACUCGGACCUGACGCACCUCAUCCCCCUCACCUCCCUCUUCCCCCCGAGCCCGCUCCCAGCCCCUCCCCCGGCCCUCCCCAGGCCCCGCCCAGCCUCCUCCCUGCCCCCCCCCUCCCCGUCCCCCACCUCCUGCAAGCGCUCCUUCCUGGCCUACCUGGGGCUCACCCGGCGGGCCGAGGCCGUUUGAAGGCCCCCACCCCCCCCCUCCGGGACGGGGGGGAAUAAGCUCCUCCAGUGUGGUCAGAGCUUUCCAGUCCAGUUUAAAAUAACAUAAAAUAACAUGCUGGGUUAAAAAAGUUAUGGUACCUAAAAAAUGCAUUUAUAAAAAAGGCUUUAUGUGCUUCAGUUAAAUGAAAGCUGCUUUUAUUCUCCAUUAAUCCGUGACUAUUAUUAUUAUUAUUAUUAUUAUUUUACAGUUUUAUUUUUAUUUGUAUUUUUUUUACUCUGCUAUCAGUUAUGACUGACCAGGAACCCACUGCAUUACCGGCAAAUGUGUCCUACAGCAGGUAUGCAGGAACUGAAACACAUACAUGCUACAUAUGUGUGUGUGUGUGUACGCGUACAUGCUACAUACGUGUGCGUGUGUACGCGUACAUGCUACAUACGUGUGUGUGUACG